AUGUCCUUGGAGUGUGGUUUGCGUCUGCUGUUGUCAUCAAGAUUUCCGAACCUAGGCCAUUCUUCGACAGGAACAAGGGACUCUGCUGGCGAUCAUUGGUUUCCACGCGUGUCCUUGGAGUGUGGUUUGCGUCUGCUGUUGUCAUCAAAGGCCAUUCUUCGACAGGAACAAGGGACUCUGCUGGCGAUCAUUGGUUUCCAGUAUGUGCUCCGAAGUGAGGUCGUAUUGCACGUAACGAUAUUAUCGCGACUUGCUGUAUCACUGGAAGCGCGUGUCCUUGGAGUGUGGUUUGCGUCUGCUGUUGUCAUCAAAGGCCAUUCUUCCACUAGGACAAGGGACUCUGCUGGCGAUCAUUGGUUUCCACGCAUGUCCUUGGAGUGUGGUUUGCGUCUGCUGUUGUCAUCAAAGGCCAUUCUUCGACAGGAACAAGGGACUCUGCUGGCGAUCAUUGGUUUCCAGUAUGUGCUCCCAAGUGAGGUCGUAUUGCACGCCAUUCUUCGACAGGAACAAGGGACUCUGCUGGCGAUCAUUGGUUUCCAGUAUGUGCUCCCAAGUGAGGUCGUAUUGCACGUAACGAUAUUAUCGCGACUUGCUGUAUCACUGGAAGCGCGUGUCCUUGGAGUGUGGUUUGCGUCUGCUGUUGUCAUCAAAGGCCAUUCUUCACUAGGACAAGGGACUCUGCUGGCGAUCAUUGGUUUCCAGUAUGUGCUCCCAAGUGAGGUCGUAUUGCACGUAACGAUAUUAUCGCGACUUGCUGUAUCACUGGAAGCGCGUGUCCUUGGAGUGUGGUUUGCGUCUGCUGUUGUCAUCAAAGGCCAUUCUUCACUAGGACAAGGGACUCUGCUGGCGAUCAUUGGUUUCCAGUAUGUGCUCCCAAGUGAGGUCGUAUUGCACGUAACGAUAUUAUCGCGACUUGCUGUAUCACUGGAAGCGCGUGUCCUUGGAGUGUGGUUUGCGUCUGCUGUUGUCAUCAAAGGACAAGGGACUCUGCUGGCGAUCAUUGGUUUCCAGUAUGUGCUCCAAGUGAGGUGUAUUGCACGUAACGAUAUUAUCGCGACUUGCUGUAUCACUGGAAGCGCGUGUCCUUGGAGUGUGGCCAUUCUUCGACAGGAACAAGGGACUCUGCUGGCGAUCAUUGGUUUCCAGUAUGUGCUCCCAAGUGAGGUCGUAUUGCACGUAACGAUAUUAUCGCGACUUGCUGUAUCACUGGAAGCGCGUGUCCUUGGAGUGUGGUUUGCGUCUGCUGUUGUCAUCAAAGGCCAUUCUUCGACAGGAACAAGGGACUCUGCUGGCGAUCAUUGGUUUCCAGUAUGUGCUCCCAGUGAGGUGGUAUUGCACGUAACGAUAUUAUCGCGACUUGCUGUAUCACUGGAAGCGCAUGUCCUUGGAGUGUGGUUUGCGUCUGCUGUUGUCAUCAAAGGACAAGGGACUCUGCUGGCGAUCAUUGGUUUCCAGUAUGUGCUCCCAAGUGAGGUCGUAUUGCACGUAACGAUAUUAUCGCGACUUGCUGUAUCACUGGAAGCGCAUGUCCUUGGAGUGUGGUUUGCGUCUGCUGUUGUCAUCAAAGGACAAGGGACUCUGCUGGCGAUCAUUGGUUUCCAGUAUGUGCUCCCAAGUGAGGUGGUAUUGCACGUAACGAUAUUAUCGCGACUUGCUGUAUCACUGGAAGCGCGUGUCCUUGGAGUGUGGUUUGCGUCUGCUGUUGUCAUCAAAGGCCAUUCUUCGACAGGAACAAGGGACUCUGCUGGCGAUCAUUGGUUUCCAGUAUGUGCUCCCGAGUGA